GGGUUCCUCGCUAGCUUGGAGCUUCUGUACUCGCCAAACAUGUCACUGGGAUCUCCAGUGAACUCCACCGUGUUCCCUCGAGUUCUUGAAGAACGAAGUGACGGCGGCGAAGUGCUUGUCGCCAUCCGAGCUGGUCAGACUUUGACUCUGCGGAAGGCAUCUGUACUGCGGAAAGAACUUGAGGUCACAACAUUCGACCAAGAGAAGGAAGUCAUCCAUUACAUGAAUGGAACACGGAUGGAGCAAGAUCUUUACCAUGACUCUCAAGCACGUGCAGCAGUCAUACUCACGCGCUCAAGGGGCCUUCGACUGGUCGGAAUUCUGAGUCCUACUGAACGAAUACAACCAUCGGCUUCUAGACGAUUUCGCUUGGAAGGCCUAGUCAAACACGAUAUUAUACCUAUCGUGCUGAAUCAUUCUGACGUAGAUAUGACUUCGGACGUCACUCUACAAGAUCCUGGCGUCGAUUCUAAUACCCCGUCAUCUGACACUCCUGAAGGGGUGGGAAGCACGGUUCAAAAUGCAAGACCCGGAGAAAAUAUAUACCCGAUAAAAGCGAUAUGUGAGACCCGUAUUCUUGUGGACUCCACAUAUUUUGACGCAUUUGGAAGGAACAAAGAGCGACUAGUGAAAUACUUCGCAGUCCAUAUUGCAUUUGCGAACUUAAAAUUCCGUACUUUCCAAGAUGAUAUAUUACAGAUGCAGCUUUCGGUCACAGGAAUUGCGAUUCUUUCGCUGCGCAAUGGUUUUGGCAUUACAGCCCCCGGCAUCGAGAACUCUGAUCGAAUUCACCCUGGCGAUCUUCUGGCCGUCCCGCGUGUACACAUCUAUUGGGAUCUGCUCGAGGGGCACGAGGCCCCGAACCCCCUCCCCUGCCUUGCCGGUCUGUAUAACAUGAGCUCUGACUUGGUCGGGGAGAGUCGGAGACCCGUGCCCUCCAGGAAGGACUCAGUCACGUCCAAGGCCUCCUGGAGCGCCUGUUCCACGGCCGCCUCCGAGCCUCCCGGGCACCAGAUCAAGGAGCAAGAAAAAUUCAUCGAGCGAUAUGAAAAAGAUCAUUCUAUUAUGCUUAGAAGUACGCUGCACAAUCUCAAUUUAUUUGUACAAAACCAAAGUCUCUUUAAAGAUGACGACGUCGUUGUGCUUUUCACGGGGCUAGACAUGGGCCAGACUUACGGAAACCCGAGGAGUGUGAGCACAGAAAUUCUCGGGCUAGCCAAACUCGGAGGCGUUUGCGGCUCUAAUAAGGCGGCGAUAGUGGAAGACAUCCCCCGCACGUUCUCCAGCGUUCACACCCUGGCCCACGAGAUUGGGCACCUGUGA